GAUCCAUUAACUGUUGAUUAUCCGCAGGUGUGUAUGCGUGUGGUGGCUCCUUCGUGACUCAGCUGGCCAUAGUGGAAGACUGCAGCAAUCACUGAUAGUCUGAAAAUCAAUCAUUCUGUCGGACCAUGGCACUUCGGGCCAAAACGGAUGCAUCUCAUGGAAUUUGGAGAAUCUGAGGUGGGAGUCUGAUGUAAUUCACGCUGUGGUCGGGGUGUAUCCAGGUGAAUGCUGCAGACAGACGUACCCCACGCAGGGUUACGACGACUCCUCUGGCCAAUAACAGGGAGGGGGCCCAAUGCAGCUUAGCAACAGCCAACCCUUUCCUACCGACCAGUACUUUUCCCUCCUCCCUUUUGGGGGGUGGAGGGUGGACCCUGACUAGGCAGAGUCAUAACGAUGUGGAAUCUUGUCUCCAUAUAAGAUUCAAGCAUCAGGGCCCUGAAAUGGAUAUUUGUCUAAUUUACGCUUCAGCGCUUGUCAAGGACAUGAUGACUUACAGCUCUUUUGGAAAUACUGAAGAAUUAUUUUUGUGCUGUGUUUUAAAUGGAUAAAUGGAUGGACUGAAACUAUUAAAUAUAGAUGUAGAAAUAAAAACAGAAUCCUAUGGAGACUGGAUGUGUAUGAGAGAAAGCUGAGAGAGGGAACUGUUCAUAGUUCUUGCACAACUGGCAACAAACAGUAACAGAAAGCCAAUGGACAAAUAAAAGCCUGUACAUUAAAGGUCAGAAGAAAGAGAGCGACUGACGCUCCACAUUCCUGACCCAGAGAUGAGUGUGCCUCAGCCCAGUGAGGGUUUGCCUGUCAGGGGAGAAAGUGGAUCCACCAUGAGGCUUCCUCUUGCCGGUGCAGGUGACCACAACGGGAAUGCCUUCCCAAUUUCCUCGUCGUCCUCCUCUUCCUCCUCCUGUCUGGGGGAGUCGUCUCCUGAGUCUCUGCGGAGCCUGAGCAGCCUCAGUGGGGGCCGGACUGACAGCCCUCUGGACUAUGACAUGUUUGAGGUCACCCUGAUGACAAAUAUGGACAAAAUGACAGCUGUUGCCAUUUCAAAAUGGGAACCAGUGGAGGAAACUAAACCAGAUGACAGCGAUGACAUCUCAGUGGGAAAGAUGCAAACAGCAACAGAGCUAACUGAAUCCAAUGACAACUCUGUGUCUGUUUAUUUGGAUGCUGACAGUGGCGAUUACCACCAAGAUACCUGGAACGACAACCUGACUCUGGCCCUUUCCCUGACGACAAACAGCGGUAGCCAUGGAAAAAAUAAUAAUGACCUCAGCAGUGCAAGUGGUAAUGAGAGAAGGCAUGGCUCCUCAACGCCAGACUCGGACGCAACGGAAAUCCCUGCUGAUGAUGAUGACGAAGAGGAGGCAUUGUUUCUGUCUGUGAGCUCUGACAUGGAUGUGCAGAGAGGCAACAUGACCCUCAUAAGCUCAACCACCUGCAGUGGUCGCUCUGCUGUGAUGACUGAGCUCCAGACAGAUGGGAGUGUGGCUCUGAGUGUAGCUGAGGAGAGGUCGGAGCUGGUGUCAGAAGGGUUGGCAGAGUUUUCCUGUCCACGUGGUCUACAUGUGGAAAGUCAGGCGGAGCCUUCUGCUUCUGAGGACCUGAGAGAAUCCACCGAGAUGUCAUUAUCGUCAUCAUCUCCCUCUUCUGCCAAUCCAAGUCAGAAUGCUAAGGAAAUCACAAGUACCCCGCUUGCAGAAGCUGAAAGAUGUACAGUGGGGCCCAGAUCUCACACUAGUCAGCCAGUCAGAGCAACAAAAACCAAAUCAAACACAGCUGCGUCAGCUGUUCCCAAGACAGGAGCGUCCACAGCCACCAAACAAUCCAGUCUGGAGCCAAAGAGACUUUCCAAACUAGACCCAAAAAAUGUUAAGGCUAAAGUCGGAUCAUGGUCCACCCCAUCUCCAACUAAAACACCCAGCCAGCAGGACAAAUCUGCUCCAGCCAAAGGGAAGAGAGUUGUUCCUAAAAGGGAGGAAAGGCAGACUGGGGAUUGGGAUAAAAAACAAAGAUCAGCAGGCCCAGUCAAAGUGGCUGUGGUGGUGAAACCCAUCAGAGGAAAGAGCAGUAAUCUCAAGAUCAACCACAAGGCAGCAGCCAGUGAGUCCACUCAGCCAGAGAAGAAGAGUGUGGCCAUCAGUCGAACACUCUCCACUUCAUCCAGCUCUCUGGGAUCUGAGGAUGAGGACAGACCCCUAGACUCUCCCAGGAAGGCUCCCCAGGAAGUGCCUGAUAAGCAUGAAACAACGGAGAAUGAGGAAGCUCUCAAAGAGUCUGUGGAGGACCAAAGGGAGGGUUCUGGAAUGGCUGUAAUAACAGAGACCACUGUGGAGAAACCAAAGAGUACUAGCAGGAAAGUCUCCUCCAAGCUGGGGCCCAAUGUCAGACAGCAAGGGAGAGGCAUCAGAGUGGAUAAAGGGCCCUUGGGACCAGCUCAACCCCCAGGAUCAGGGACCGGACUUCCAGGACAGGGGAGUCCCGGGCCCAGGAAAGCCCAGAGUGAUUGCUCUGCUUUGAGCGAGGAUGGACAGAGCGCUGGGUGUGGAUCUCCAACAAAAGCGAGGCAAAGCCAAACUCAGUGCCAGGGUAUCCCCAAACCUCGCACCACCACAGAGCGACCAUUUACACUGGCUGCCCUGGGUGCCGCCACAUCCAACUCUAAAUCAACAUCCAGUCAGCAGACGCCAUCAGGGUCGGUCGGACGACCUGCGACACCCGCAGCAUCAAAACUUCCUGUUAAGGGAUUAUCCACAAGCCUCAGUUCCUCAUCCCUGGGGAGCAUUGAGAACAAUGGAGCUACAGGCGAAGCUUCAGCUUCUGCAUCAUCUUCAGGAGCUCCAGCAGGAACCAAGCCAGAUGAGCAGGCCAGCAGAAGCACACAUCCCCUGGGCAGCCAGAGCUCAGCAAAGCCCCCAAUGUCCAGCAGUGCAGCUACCACCAGCACCAGUGCUCUCAGUCAGGCAGUUACCAGUGAUAAUAAUGGUGUCAUUACUGCUCCGAAGCCUACUGCAAUAAGGAGCAGAGCUCUGUCAUUGCAGGCCAGGACCACUGCUACAGGUCUGAAGACCCCAACAGUCACCAACCACAACACAGCCAAGACAGCCAAUCAGCACACAGCAAAGAUGGCUCCCACUGCCAGUCACCUGGCCAAGCAGGCAUCCCAGUAUCCCUUGCAAAGAAGCGGCUCAGCAAGACUCAGUCGACAACACAACACAGUCUGGGCUCAGCAGCUCUGCAUGCCUGCCUGGCAGCCUCCAGUGGACAAAAACAAGCCCCGGGAGGCGCCAGCAAGACCCACAAACUUCAACAGCAGCACACAGGGAGCAGCACCGGCAGGAGGAAAUAACCAGCAGCAACCUCCACCUGACCUGCUACCAGACUUGGUGAAUGCUAAUGCACCAGGGACCCCAGUUUUCCCCUUACCUGCCACUGAUACCACCAACACUGGACAAAGUACCAUUGGAGUCUCUGGUGUUGGGUCCAAAGCAAGAACAGGGUCACGAUCCAGCCCCAAAACAGGAUCCCGCCCACAGAAUUCAUCCAAGCCUGGAGCGGUUGGGUCUGUGGUGGCAAAUGGGACACUCACAGUUAAACAGAACCAGAGUAAAGAGCAAGCAGAGAAGAAGAACCAGGCCAUCAACCAGCUGAGGAAGCUGCUUGUCCAGGGAAAUAGGAGGGUGGAGGCUUUGGCUACAGUCAUCCAACAUCUCUUCACUGAGCGCGAGGAAGCCUUGAAUCAGAAGAAGGAGUUGUCCCAAGAACUCACAAAAAUCAGACAUGAGCUGGUCAAGUCUUCGCAGUGCUGCAAAGAUCUGCAGAAGGAGAAGGAAGAGGUGCGUGUCGGCUUGGAGGAGGCCUUGAAGAGGCUGGAGGAGCAGCACAAGGAGGAGCUGGUGCAGCUGGAGGACAGACUGAGGAGUUUUUACCAAACAGAGUGGGACAAAGUCCAUCAGAUGUACCAGGACGAGGCUGAUAAAUAUCGCAUGUUGAUGGAACAGCAGGUGGAGGAGCUGAGGAGUCGGCAAGAAGCAGAAAGGAAGAACCAGGAAGUGAGUCAUAGCCAGAAGAUGGAGUCUCUCAAGCUGCAGUAUGAGACCUCCAUACAAGAGCUGAAGAGGAUCCAGCAGACAGACCUGGAACGCUUGGAGAAAACACUGAAGGAGACUGAAACAUCCCUCUCUGAGAAAGUCUCUGAGCUGUCGGCAGAGAAGGACGCUCUGAAUGAGAAGCUAAAAGCUGAGGAGGAGAGGAGGAAGCACAUACUCAGCGACAAGAAUCUGAAGGAUUCCCACACUGUGUACCUGGAGCAGGAGCUGGACAGUCUUAAGGUGGUGCUUGAGAUCAAGAACAACCAGUUACACCAGAAGGAGAAGAAGCUCAUGGAGAUGGACAGACUGGUGGAGACUAAUGUGAAACUGGAGGAGUGUCUGAAGAAGGUCCAACAGGAGAACGAGGACUACAAGGCCAGGAUGGACAAACACGCUGCUCUCUCCAAGCAGCUGUCUAAUGAACAGGCUAUACUCCAGCAGACACUGCAGAAAGAGUCCAAGGUCAACAAGCGUCUGUCCAUGGAGAACGAGGAGCUGCUGUGGAAGCUGCACAAUGGCGACCUGCUGGCGAGUCCCCGCCGCCUCUCACCCACCUCACCCUUCAACUCGCCACGGAACUCUGCCUCCUUCCCCACGACUGCACCGUUAUCGCCCAGAUAACCCGGACAACAGCAACAAUCCGUUCCUCUCCUCAUCACCUUUUCAAGCCUCACAAAGAUGGAAGUUGUUGCAAAUACAGAAAAAGACUUUAGUCACAGCAGUGUUGGUGGAUAUUACUGAUGAACUUACAGUUGGAAUAUAUUUCAUAAGAGACGCUUAUUUUGAGAGCGAAAAGACAUUGCAGUGGCACCGAUGCACUUAAGUCUGAGUGUGGGACUGGCCUUGAUCUCAAUCAGUCUCUAUCAAAGACUGUUCUUCAUGAAACAUUUCUUCUUUUUCUGAAGAAAACCUAAAUAACAGGCACACCUCAGGGUCUGUACAUAGAGUCUAAUUUUUUGUUAUGACGAUCCUUCCCAUUUUUUUUCUUUUGUUGUGUUAUACAGUUAAGUUGAGCUCAUCCUGUUCUUUUGUAUCCCUCUUUUUAAAGGGGAAGAUGAGAAAAAAUCUUGGAUUUGUGGCGUAUGUAAGCUUGUGGAAACAGACUCAAAGUUGUUUGGGUUUGGUAAAUCAUAAAAUGGCGGGUACUUCCUGGUGGAUUAGCAUGGAUUGUUCUGGCUUUUCCCAUCUUUUAUGGAGGAUGUUUGGUUUUUUUUGUUUGUUUGUUUUUUUGUUCCCCAAAGAGCGAAGCUCAAUCACUGAUCUGUGCCGGACCUCUGAGAGAAUGCAUGGUCCUGAUGUCUCUCUGUGGGCCAACGGGAACAAAUGUUCGUUUAUGUGAGGAACUGACCUCAAUGACUGACCUGAACCCCUGGUCCUAUAGAUAUCUGUUCCUCACAACCUCCUACCUUAAUCUACUAUGUGGAAUGUAAUCACCUUUGGAUGUUAAAUCUGAGCAGGCCAGUUCACACACACACAGUCUCAGAGCCAAAUAUGCAGUUUAUUAACAAAAAUGGUGUUGGUUAUGCCAGUGUUGAUCCCCUUUACCUUUUCCCUUAAGUCUCUCCUCAGUGAAGGUCACCUUGUGCCCAAUCAGAAACAAGGCUGAGAUGAAGAUGAACCAGUAACUCGUCAGUUGUCUUUGCUUUGGGUCACAUGGAAAAUCAUAAACCAACAGACUCUCCUUAACUGAAUCCAAAACAAGUAUCACUUUGUGUGUCUGGUAUCUCUCCUCAAAAGCCUCAAACCUCAAAUGUACCCAAAUUGCCUAAGUCUACCAUAUUCUGCUUUAGUUUGGACACAGAAUAAAAACAGUAUGACAAAAAAAUGAA